CAACCUGUUGAAGUCUUUUAAAGCAGUUUGUCGUAGAAAGCAUACCGGAUCGCGUUAAAUCGCUUCAACUCGUCGAAAUUAUUCGAUUUUAACCGUUUCCGGCGAUAAAACAUCCCAAAUUCGCUUAAAAAAUAUAAAUGCAAGUGCAAUUAGUGCGAAAUCGUUUCGAUUUAGAUUUUUAGUGCCAAUUUUUAAGAAUUUAAUCUGAUGGUUGCCUACAUGUUCUCGUUUAAUUAGAUAUCGGAACCGAUUGAUUAAAAAGAACUAAAAAGGAAAAUAUUUUUUUGUACCCGACGGAUUUUUCUUUCUCCUUUAUUUGAGAUUUGCGAAACCAAACGGAGUUAUCGAAAUGUUUUGAUUGAAAAGAAAUAUGUUUGAUAAUAUAAUAAAUAAAAUAACGAGUCCUUCGAGUGGUCGAAGACGAUAUACAUAUCAUUGCCCGGAAGUGCACUCUGAUCCAGAAGAUAGCGAACCGAUAACGCCCCGAAAACCGAGAUUGUUGGAAAGAAAGAAACGAGGUCGAAGAGGAAGCGAGGGUUUACGCCAAGCGAGGAGUUUAGGGAGAUUGGACGGACUCAAAGAGGCCGAAAAACUUGCUGAUUAUGGGAAAUUACUCGGUGGAUCCCAACCGUCUUUGGACGGGAGAAGAAAAGACCUCGAUAGGAUACAGGAAUUAUUUCCGCAAGAUUAUUUGUCCUUACACACGACGGAAAUUAAUUCGUGUUCGAUGAAAACGAAAUCGUUCCGAAAAAAAUCUUUCGUCGACCUCCAAUCAUCCGAAAAUCUACUUUCAACAUCCCCAAGCAAUCGAAUAUUUUUAGUCGAAGCACCUUGCGCUUUAUCUUCACCUCAUAUGCCAAUGGCCGCUAAACCAAGACAUUUAUUUUUAUUUUCCGACUUACUUUUAGUUGCUAAACCACGAAAUGGAGGAACAUUUAAAUUAAAAGAUAGAGUUCGUGUAUCCGAAUUGUGGUUAGCACCUUAUCAAGAAUCAGAAACUGGAUUUCUUUUGGGUUGGCCAACUCCGGCGAGAACAUUUUUAAUCACAUUUUGUACUCAAGCGGCCCGAGAUUCAUGGUGGAGACAACUCCAACAAUCAUUAUCGGCUCAAUUACGAUUAGAACCGCAAAUGACCAACAUUAAAGUGGUGUAUCGAGAUCCAUUAAGUGGAACUGAAUGCUCGAAAACUUUGGGAAUAGGCCCUGAAACGAAUUCCAAUGAAAUCGCCCGAAUGACUUUGGAUGAUUCGCGAACGAAUUGGGGGUACACUUUGUGGGCGAGAGAUCGAGAUAACGCCCCUUGUCCGUUAAUCGGAAUCGAGCGACCCCAUUCGAUACAAUUAGCAAGGCUACGGCAAAGUAUUUGUGCGGAGGAAGGUUUUGAUUUGAUGCAUUGCAAUAAUAAUCGUAUUUUAUGCGAUAUCGUUUUUGAAUUAAAACCGAAUUGUAAGCCACCAACUCGAAAAACGCCGUUAAAAUUAUUCAAAAAAAAUAAUUUAAGAAUAUUCGGGGUUCCUUUAAACAGGAUUUGUUCGACGAAUGGAGGUUUACCUCCGUUUUUGAACGUCGUUUUAAAGUGUUUAUACCAAAGGGGUUUACAUACUCAAGGAAUAUUUAGAAGAUGCGCCUCCGCAAGGGCUUUAAGGGAAUUACGAGAUAAAAUUGAUACUCAAAAUGGAAACACAUCAAUAUACGAGGAAUUAUCGAACACACCAGCUUUAUUAUUAGCUGCUUUAUUGAAAGAUUUUUUACGCAGCCUCCCAGAACCUUUAUUAAGUGGAAAUGCUCAAGAAUGGCUUAAUGUAGCAAACACAGGAAGAAUGGAAGGAUUAAGGAGGCUUUUAAAUCAUUUACCGAGGGAAAAUCACAUCCUUUUAGCCCAUAUUAUUUGCUUAUUACAUCACAUCUCAAAGAAAGCGCGUUAUAAUUUAAUGUCGGCGACUAAUUUGGGGGUUUGUGUUGGACCAAGUUUGUUGUGGGAGCCGAAUCAAAACGCACCAAUGCGUACAUUACCAACUUUAAUCGAGUUAUUAAUUAAUCAGUGCCAAAUUUUGUUUGGACCAUUAGUUACAACCCUUCUGGGUGGGGAAACAACCACGAAUAACAACGAUAGUGGGGCCGAAGAAAACGAUAGCCUUCAUUGCAUGUCUUUGGAUAGUAUCGAGCUGAGUAAAGAUCAAAAAUCUUUGAGUCGUGAUUCUGGGUUGACUUUAUCCGAGGAUGAUCGAGACAGCCCAAGUUUAAAUUAUAAUCACGUGACUUUUCAUCGAUUUGAUUGGACGCGGCAAGCAGCGAGAGUUCGUAGCUUAGAUAAUACAUGGUUGGAAGAGGACGAAGCUUUCGGGGCUUCAAACGAGAGUUUGUGUGGGCCUCCGAUUCCACCACGGAGACCCCCACCUUUAAGACAAUUGCCCCCAGUUCAUUUACCACCCAUUUAUAGACCCCCACCACCACCACCCCCGACAUACGCAACCGCAAGACUUUUAUUAGUUACGGAUGCCGAAAGUGAAAGUUAUGUUUAAGGUUAGAAUUUAAAAAAAGUGCCAUUUUUGUAAAUAUAAAACUGGUUUUUUGAUCUACUUAAGUUAUCAAAAUUUGAUUUGAUUGCCUUAUUUAUUAGUUUGCAUUCAAACUAUUUCUGUACAGUAUUGUUUUUUUUUGUACAAAAACUAUGUAAGAAUUAAAGAUUACGGAUUUAAGAGUUAGCACUUUUUCAUUAAGUAAUAUCAAUUUAUUAUGCUUUAAUAAGCCAUAUUAUUUUGUAAGAAAGGAAUUUUUGUAACUUAAAUUAGUACUUUUUGUAUUAUAAUUAAUUAAGGAAGAGAGAUCGUUACGAGUUAUACAAGAAUAAAUAUAUAUAUUUUUUUAUAUCUA